AACUGCCAACUGCUAACUGCUUCAACCGUCUCUCACUGUCGCCUUCAACCUAGAACCUGCGUUCUUCACAAGGACACUCGUCGUAGACGGUCUUGUAGACAACGCGUCCCGCUCGCAGAGAUCUCUCUUGUCGCCAGAAUAUACACUUGGUCACGUUCUCUGCUGUAUGCACGCCACGAUCACGUUGUUCGUCCAAGUCUCAUUUGCCUGGAUGCUGACCAUGCCCUUCGGCGAAUCAUCAAUGACCACACCACAACGACUAUGGUCAUGAGUAUGAACUCCGCUCGCCUGACUUAUAAAAAACCUCCUGGCUGCGGAGCCUCCGGGCUGACUAGAGCAACAACAAAAUGCCUUCCACCAUCCCAGAUAACCAGAGUCCGUCGGCCUCCUCCAUCUUCCUCCCUCUCGGUCGCAGGCCCCGUAAAGACUCAAAGUCCUCGUUAUCUAGCGACCUCGAUCAAGGAGCUCUCAACCAGGCCCUCAACACCAUCCACUCGGCCGCAUCCCAAUCCAACAACUUGACCGUAUUCAACGAAUACACCGACCCUCCACCAGCAACAUCCCCCACAGAAAAUCGGACCUUGGCUGGUGACAUUCAGGGCGGGUUAUCAGGAUUAUACAACAAGAUCAAAGCAACUGUUGGAGCAGCAAAGGAACCAGUCGAGCAGAAUGAUUCUGUUCGGGCCACACAUGUUCUCACAGAGGACCGUGUUCCUUCUAAGCCGAGUUCAGGCCUGGCAUCCAAAGUCCAAUCCCCCAGGCUGCUCGCCUUCGACUCCCCAGUGCUGGUUGACCCUCCUUCUAUGCAAUCUUCCAAGAUUUCCUCCAAGGCAACAAGCAUAGCAAAGGCUUCUGGCCCUUCGACCCCCGCCUUACGAUCACCCACCGGCCCUCCACACCCAUCUUCCCACCUCGUCUUCCCUGCUGUUACUGAACUCAACAUUCAUGCUAUUGCCUCUACAACACACAACCGCACCGGUUCAGGACUCGACUUGAACUCCAUUCACCAUGAUGAUCGUCUUCACAUGUCGUCAGCGGAUGGAGAUGGCUUACGUCGCGUCUUCUCAAACAAUGUCAAUGCCGGUGCAUCUUCAGACCGUGCCGGACGUAUGUUGACGUCCCCACGCUUGGGUCCAACCCAAAGACCCGCUGUACGAGUCAUCCCCAGCUCCCACGAGCGCGCUCUGUCCGCUGCCUCAGCCCACAGCCAUCUGAGCCAUUCCGAUUCAAUCACUCCAUCCACGCUUUCAAUCGAUGUCGAAGAUCGAUCUGCAUCUCGCGUGACAUCGUCUAAACACGAAAUGGCCGCAACUCUCAAGCAGCAACACACAAGUCCGCUGGAUUUGCUCGCUGAGAAUGCAGCUAUUUCAAAAACCCCUUCAAGUUCCCACAGCAAAAGUGCAGAGGCCACUGCUCUCAAAUCACCGUCGUUGCUCUCCUCAAAGUCGGACCGGAAACACGGUGAAAAGCUCGUUCCCAAGGUUACGCAAUCGCGCUUGCCGGGCUUUCGUGCGUCAAGAACAUCCUCGUCUGAUUCUACUAUUCCUGGAGGUCUAUCUCGAAUCCUGACCGUCGAAACUCGACCGGAUUUGAGCGCUGCACCCCCUACGCAACCUCGCCCGAUCAACAAGUUGCGCAGCAGGCUGUUGAGCAAAGAAUUUUGGAUGAGAGACGAGAACGCUAAAGACUGUUUCCAUUGUGGCGAGCCUUUCACCACAUUCAGACGAAAGCACCACUGUCGCACAUGUGGGCAAAUUUUCGACAGCAAAUGCACUGUUCUCAUCACAGGGAGUUAUUUUGGUUCCAAUAGUGCUGUGCGUGUAUGCAAGCCCUGUGAAUCCAUCAUCACUUCUCACGAUGACGAUGAUUCCUCCGACUAUUCGGUCGAGGAGUUCGCCCUGACAGAUUCAGCCGCACGCCCACGAACCCCUGAUCGUCCGCCUGUCAAUCGUUCCAUUGCUCGGUUUGACGACGACAACGUCUCAGUCAUGUCUCAGUCUCUCGAGCAGAUGGCAAAGACUCCUAUAAUGAGCUUUCCCGUCCGUCGCGCUUUUGAAGGUGUCGAUGGGUCUUCCGCAGUCUUGGAGUUUGACACAUUCGAUCGACCUUUGCCUCGCCCCAGUUCUUCAAGAUCACUGAAAGCCACCCAUUCUAUCGGCCAUGGCCACAAACGUCAUCAUUCUCGUCACCAGCAUAUUCGAAGCUUCAAGGCCUAUCACGAAGAUCGUGUUCCCUUCCAGCGUCGACUGGCAGAUGAUGGCCCAAAGGCCGCCAAGACCUCCGCUUUCCACCGAGACAGCAUCAUCGACCCUGACCUAGCCCAGUACCUUUCCGAUGACCCUUCCAGCGAAGACGAGCAAUCCGUGAUUGAUACUGCCGACACGAAGCUAUCUCGUAGUGGACCUGAUAAUGAUAGGACUGCUAUUGGUGGUCUCCUCGCCGCCGUUAGGAAGGGCCGUUCUCGAAUCGGAGAUAGGAGCAUUGCGGGCUUCCUCAGCUUGGGGAAAGAUACAGACGACACCAGCGUCAUCAGCUCUCGUCUUGAUGCUCCUCGAUCUUCGCGCAAGCGCAAUCUCAGCGUUUCUAGCAGUAUCCACCAACGCUCAACUCCCCGGACCACAAGAGAGAGACUGCAGAUCAUCGUUCCCAAUACCCCCGACGACACAGUAGAUGGUACCAUUGAUACACCUGGACCCUUCCGCGGAGGAUCUAGAAUGAUUCGAAGUGCAUCAAUGCGCGGCGUUGCGGCUCCGGCUAUGGAGUUGAACCGUGCUAGCAUCCAGCAUGUCCAUCGUCUCCUUCAACAAUUACUCAAAGAUGCCAAUGUCAGCAAACUGUCAAGUUGGGAGGAUGCCCUGAUCCCGAUUCUGCUGAAAGCAACCGACGAUGUGGAUCCAGAUGUUCAAGGUGGCGAUGAUAUUGACAUCCGAAAUUAUGUCAAACUCAAGAAAAUCCCAGGAGGCAAACCCGGAGACACCGCUUACAUAUCUGGCCUGGUGUUCACCAAAAAUGUUGCUCUGAAAAGCAUGCCCCGGUAUUAUACAAAUCCCAAGAUCCUCAUCAUAACCUUUGCAUUGGAAUAUGCUCGACACGAACAGCACUUUAUGAGUCUGGAUCCCGUCAUCCGACAAGAAAGGGAAUACCUCGAGAAUUUGGUGGGAAGGAUUGCUGCACUCAAGCCACACGUCCUUCUAGCCCAGCGAAACAUCUCAGGUCUUGCCAUUGAGCUUUUGGAGAAGGCCAAGAUUACCACCAUCUUCAACGUGAAGCCGGCAGUCCUCGAUGCCGUAUCUAGGUGCACCCAAGCUCGCGUUGCUCAUUCAAUGGACAAACUCACCUCUCAAGGUUCUCUCGGCACGUGUGAUUCUUUUGAGGUCAAGACAUUUGUGGCCGACGGACGCAAAAAAACCUAUGUCUACCUCUCGGGCUGUCCGCCGCAACUUGGCUGCACAAUCGCACUCAGAGGUGCGGAUCGACAGACACUUGCCAAAAUAAAACGUGUGACAGAGUUCAUGGUCUAUGUGGUUUAUAAUCUCAAAUUGGAGACGUGCUUGAUGCGUGAUGAAUGGGCAUUGAUACCAACUACAGUCGGAGACAAACCAUCCGAGACUGGCGCAGAGAAAACAACUCUCUAUGCAAAGAAACACGGAUCCAACUCGGCUUCUGAAGAGGAGGCUAAAUCUUCUGCUGAACCACAUGGUGCUGCAGAAGUGGAAACAAAGACUGCUGUGGAGGUGGCCACCACGGAUAUUGCCCUUGCCGAGAAGGAAGAUCAAUUUAGCCCGGCCGUCAGACUGGACAGUACUGAUUUUGCACAUAUUCCAGAUGACAUUCCCGUUCCAACGUUCUACGAGGACCUCGUCCUGAAACACGAGACAAGGGUAUUAUCCGCGUCUCCAUUUGUCAGGUUCAUGCCGCCGUACCUCUUGAUGCGGGCGAGAGAAUUGGAAAGGCGCGUUGCUUAUUUGAAAAGGCUGCGUGACCAAGACAUGUCCGCCGAACAAGCCAUCGAAGACAAAGGCAAAAGCAACAAGUUCACUUUGAUAUCACCCGAAAUGGUUCAUCGAACGCUCGAAGGUGCCAGCAAGAAAGUUCGGGAGAUCAUACAUGCUGUACAUGACGCCGAAUACGACAAAGCUGCGCACAAUUACGAAACGCAGAAGAAACAAUGGGAGACAUAUCUCUCUGGAAACCGUAACCUCUUUGAUCCUUUUGCCCACCAGAACAUUGUGGUUCUUUUCAGCCAAGUUUCCACCGAAACCUCCGUGCCAUGCUCUGGUCCCGAUCUGCUGGCUUUCAGCUUCUAUAAUGAACAUGAAGUGGACGCCGAAUUUGAAGCAGAUUGCACGCUUGGUCAAUACGUGGAAGAUCUAUGUCUCCGCGCAGACGAUACUUGCGCAUCUGAUACGUGUGAGAAGAAGAUGUAUGAGCAUCACCGGCAAUACGUCCAUGGCCAAGCGCAGAUCACCGUCUUCGUGCAGCCCUAUCCUUCCAAAAUGCGAGGCUAUCACGAUGUCAUCUUGAUGUGGAGUCAAUGCAAGAUUUGUGGCGUCGAGACCACCGUCACACCCAUGUCUCCCAAUACCUGGAAGUACUCGUUCGGCAAGUAUCUUGAGCUUUCAUUUUGGAGCUCGGACCUGCACGCUCGCGCGGGCAUAUGCCCUCAUGAUUUGCAUCGAGAUCAUCUGCGCUAUUUUGGAUACAAGGAUUUCGCACUGCGUGUGCACUACGAUCCAAUUGAGCUCCUCGAAAUCAUUGUCCCAAGAAUGAGGAUUACCUGGAAAGUUGACAACGAUCUCAAAUUCAGAAAUGAGCUCUAUACUCGUAUGGAACACCGCCUCACGCGGUUCAUGGGCUCUGUGAAACUACGUCUGAGAAGCAUCAAUGUCGAGGCUGUUCUUCCAGAGACCCUCGACGAGUGUCGAGCCGAGAUCGAACGUUUGACGAAAAAGGCCAACGAAGAGCAUGCAGGCAUGUUCAAGCAGCUCCAGGAGAUAUACACCAAUUCCCGAUACUGGGAAACUAUACCCUUCAAUGCUAUCGUUCGCGCAACGCAGGAAAAGGUCUCCGAAUGGGAUACAAUUUUUGCAGAUUUUGAAAGGAACUACUUCCCGUCCGAGAAAGAUAUCAGAAGGUUAGCAACCUUACAGUUGAAGAAGAUUUUUCUGGACCGCGACGUCUCCGUCACUUCCUUAGGUUCCAACGAUGAAGGGGGUACUACACCUCCCGCGGACGAUGCCAGUGCCGAAAAAGAUGCUCUCGCCGAUGACCAGGUGGUAGUUCCUGAGAUUCAGAAAGCUGCUAAGCUAUCGCCGGAAAAGACUCAAAAUGUCCUUCAGUCUGUGCUAGAGGAACAUGCUUCAUCGUCUCCCUCAAAGCACGAACAGCCUUUGCCGGUUGAAGUUAGCAGCUCAGAUAUACAAACGCUACCCUCAGUUUUGGACGGACCUCGUGAUGUGGAGGAUGUCAAGCAUCUUGACCUAGCGUUGCCGUCAGGCCCGACUCCAGCUUUAGCAACUCAUGGCGAUUUGGGUGUUCCAGGGACAGUUGCGCUAAGUCCAACUGAUCUCACAGUUAAUGAUACCGCUCACCAGCAGUCACCACCGGUAUUGUCAGAUGUUGCGGUCAUCUCGCUUCCUGACGGCAGUCCGCCAGUGUCCGAGACAAACGAGAGAAGUGGAAAUCUCAUUACCCCAAAGCCAGACGUUACCUCACCGCGGAGGUUUCGCCGCAGUGAAGAAGGCACAGCAACUUCUCCUGCCUUGGUCCGAGCACAAUCUCAACCUGUUGGCUCCGCCACUCUUCGUCUACAUUCCAACCAAGCGAGUUCGAGUAUAAUCUCAGUGGCCAAUAUCAUGAAUGGAGGACCCAAAGAUCGCCAUGCCCUUUCUCCUGGCAGUAUCGAUUCUGCUUCCAACGCACCCGAAAAGAAGCUUUCUGAACGACUAGGUCUCGGUCAACUCAAGCGGAAUACAUUUGCUAAGGGACAGUCCUUGAUACCACGGGCAAUCACCAACCGUAAGGAGUCUCGUGUUUCCAAUCUCGCCAAACAUUUUGAACAAUUGAGUCGCGAAUUCGAACGUGAGCGGAUCCGCGAGAGAAAGCUUCGUGCCGCUAAAAGUCGUCAAUCCCGGUAUCCUGCAGCUGCCCCCAAAGCUAUCGUAGAGAUUUACCAGGAUGUAGACGAAGCUGUUGACGAAAAGGGCGACACUGACGAUGUUUUUGGCAUGGGUGAUCAUCCAAAUCAAGACCCGGGAGCAACGGCAAACACUGCCCAAGGUAUGGCCGAGACUGAUACGUCUAAGCAUGACGGGCCUGGCUUCCACAUUGAAGGUAUUACAGUUGAUGCCACUGAAACAGAGGCGGAUAUUCAUCUCUCUAGCCAUGCACCAUCUGAGGCAGAGGACCGGAGUGAUAUUGAUGAUGCUUCGGAGGAGGUCUUCCUUCCCGACUCGCCAGAAGAUCUCCUGCGUCUAUCUCAGGAGGAUAUGGAGAUGAAAGAACUUCCGAAGCACGAACGCACGUCAUUGAUGAAAAUGCUCACCAACUUCUGGGCAGAACGCUCGUCAAGUGGUUGGACACCAUUGGAAUACCCCCUCGCAGCAUCAGAGCACAUCUUUGCUGAUUGUGACAUCGUUGUCCGGGAGGACGAGCCAAGCUCAAUCAUUGCUUUCGCUUUGGACUCACAAGACUACAAGACGAUGCUUGCAAAUAUGCAAGGCCAGGCUCACGACUGCGACGCCCUUGAUAUCAAUGGCCACGAUCAUUCGGAUGCACUCCAGGCAGAUGUGAUGCACUCGUUGUUACGCAAAACUGGCAGCCAUCUAAAAUAUCAAUUCCAGGAAGGCCCCGCCAAGAUGCUGUGCAAAAUCUUCUUCGCCGAACAAUUCGAUGCCAUGCGCAGGAAAUGUGGUGUGGCAGAUCGAGUCAUCGAAUCAUUAUCGAGAUGUCUGAAAUGGGACUCUAAAGGAGGCAAGACCAAAUCACUUUUUCUGAAGACACUGGAUGAUCGCUUUGUUUUGAAGUCCCUUUCCCCGAUCGAAACACAAUCGUUUCUGAAAUUCGCUCCCAACUAUUUCCAGAUCAUGUCGGAGGCAUUCUUUCACGAGUUGCCCUCUGUCAUUGCGAAGAUGUUGGGGUUCUACCAAAUCAUUAUCAAAAAUCCAGUCACUGGCGUCGAGUAUAAUUGGUUUCUCGUCCUCAUGGAAAACCUGUUUUACGAUCGAAUACCGACUAGGAUUUUUGAUCUGAAAGGAAGCAUGCGAAAUCGCAAAAUCAACGCCACAGGGGAAAAGAACGAGGUCCUCCUGGACGAAAACAUGGUCGAGUUCAUAUAUGAGUCACCUCUAUUUGCCCGCGAACACAGCAAGAAACUCCUGCGACUGUCCGUUCACAAUGAUACACUGUUUCUCGCCCGACAAAAUGUCAUGGACUACAGUUUGAUGGUGGCCAUUGAUGAAACUCGCAAGGAGCUUGUUGUCGGCAUCAUUGACUGCAUUAGGACGUACACAUGGGACAAGAAACUGGAGAGUUGGAUCAAAGAUCGGGGCUUCGCUAGAGGCGGCAAGAAUCGUCCCACGGUCACCAGUCCCAAGGAAUAUAAAAGACGGUUCAGAGAGGCCAUGAAUCGAUACGUGCUGGAAGCACCCAAUUGCUGGCAUCAAUUUAAGCCUGUCAGGUUGGAAAGGAAAUCGUUGAGGAUAGAAGGCGACAAAGAUGGCGAUAAAGGAGAAAAUGAGCUUCAGGUCCUAGGGUGACAACGAGUACAGGAGGAUCAUUAUCCAAUAUUAUAAAGAAAGCCAUCUCCUACUCGGCUUGGGCACUCUGCACACGAAGAUACGUAUUUAAGCUUAGCCCAGCAUAGCAUAGCGACUGGGAUUGCCUAUGUCGCUUGGUUGUUUAUUUUUGGCAACGACAAGAACACAAUUCUGGGUAUCAAAAGUCGAUAUCUGGCUUGUCUGCGCCAUGUUGAAUGGUUGUCCCUCAGAUGUAAUGGUUGUCUGUCUAUUCUCCUACUUAGGGUGUGCUAGAGAUGUUUGUGACCAUCACUUCCAGGCUGAUACGCUACCCCUGCCAUCAAGCAUAUAUUCCUUAAUACAUCUACGUCUAAU